AUGAAAGGCCCAGAAGGACGUGCUGACCAGCUCACAUCCCCGGGAGACGGCUCCAUGUUCGCUCGAGGUGGCUCCAAUCACAGACGCUCAGUUCGGCUUCCGCAGACAGAUGGCUGGAACCUACAAGCAGCAAUUGGCGCCUAUUAUGACUUUGAGAGCCCAAACAUCAGUGUACCUUCUAUGUCCUUUGUUGAAGAUGUCACCAUAGGAGAAGGGGAGUCAAUACCUCCUGAUACUCAGUUUAUAAAAACGUGGCGGAUCCAGAAUUCGGGGGCAGAGGCCUGGCCUCCAGGGGUUUGUCUUAAAUAUGUUGGUGGAGACCAAUUUGGACAUGUGAACAUGGUGAUGGUGAGAUCGCUAGAGCCCCAAGAGAUUGCAGAUGUCAGCGUCCAGAUGUGCAGCCCCAGCAGAGCAGGAAUGUAUCAGGGACAGUGGCGGAUGUGCACUGCUACAGGACUCUACUAUGGAGCCGGGCAUACUAACAGGCAAAAAACACAGUUUGAAGAGACUGAACAGCAUCAGAACAAGAGUCAGUUUUGGCAGGAAUGGCUCCGUGUGAGAGCCCUUGGCAGAUGCGGCACUGGUGGGGGCUGUGGCCAAGAAGAAGCCGCCGGGAGCGGCCGCCACUCGGCGCCCAGCCUCGCAGCCGCUGCCCUCAGCACCAGGCCAGGCUGCACAGCCCCGCCACCAGGACUCGGGGUCCAGCGACUGCGGUAUCUGCCGGAGAGGGGGCUGUCGCCUCCCUGGCCCCAGGCGCCGCUGGAACUGCGAGCCAAAGAGACACUGAGUAGGCUGUGGCACGAACAGGAGCCAGGAGCGCCAGGGGCGGUGAGAGGUGGCCGGGGCAGCUCUGGCUGCGGAGGCUGCCGUGGGAGCUCAACGCGGGAGCACAACGCGGGAGCUGAGACUCACCAGAGGGAGCGGUGUGAACGCCCCACCAUCUUCCCGGUAUUCAAUUUUGGUCUUGCCUAA